AUGGUCAGCAUAAUCAAUACUCGAUCUCGUCCAUUACCACGCAGUUUAACUCAUCCUGCUGGAAUCACUUUCUUAGAUCCUGCUCAUCGUGUUUCAAGAGAAGAAUUGGAUCGUCGUGAUGCAAGAUGGAGAGCGAUGCGUGAACGUGCAUAUGCGCGUGCAUGGUCAGAAGAAGCAACUUUGGUUGGCAGUGUGAGAAGGUAUGCUGCUGCUUCGGCAAUCUUACGUGAAUGGGAAGAUCGAACGAUCGGAAGGAGAGGUUCAUUCGCAAGAAUCGGAACACAAAAUACAAUCGAAGAAGGUAGUACUGUUCACAGUCGCAGAGCACCAUCAAUGCCAGACAGUCAUCCUACUCCACCGCCACGUCGUAAUCAUCAUCAUUUCUCACUGUUGGCUGGCGUACGUUCUUCAAGGCGUCAGAAAAAGGUCAAGGAUGCUAUUCGACGAUUUGUGGCUAAUGUAAGAGCUUAA